AGACCUAAAGAAGUCCGCCGAAAGUCGAAACAGCCGCUCGUUCUUCUUCCUCUGCUCGCAGCCUGGCACCGGUCACUGAACCCCGCUUACUAAAACCGAGCGCGUCCAUGUCGCCGCGAGAUUGAGCGCGUUUUAGAGGCCGUCGAUGGCGAACCCGAGGAGGCCCUCGUACUCCGCGGCGGGUGGCCCCGCCAUCAGCCUGGAGGGCGCGCAGGCGUCGCCCGCCGCGCUGGCCCAGAGAAGCGCCUUCUCGUCCUCGUCCCUCGUCCACUUCCUCAAGAAGCCCCUCGCCUUCCCCUUCCUCCUCUCCGCCUUCUUGCUUCUCACUUGGAUCUCUCUCCGCCUCCAGAGCAGCUCCUCCGCCUCGCGCUUUGCUUCUAGCCGCGACAGCGAGCGGAGCAGAGAGGAGGACGACCGCAAGGCCAAUCUCGUCAGGUUUCCCCUCGGUUCCUUCAGUGAUAAGCGCGGGUGGCUCCUCGAUCCCACCUCCGUCGCGCUCGAUUCCGGUAUUCGAGGGGGAGCUGUGGCCUGUGCUUCCAUCCAUGUCGGCGAAAUCCGCCCUGGCGGUGUGAGGGCGAAUCAUAGGCAUCACACUUGUAACGAGACGUUCGUCAUUUGGGGUGCUAAGACCAAAUUCAGAGGUGCCCACAGCUCCACGCCCUCAACAUCAAGAAAAAUCAAUGGCAUCAUAGUACGGGUUUUGUGCUCAAUCAAUGGGUGUUACUGGAAAUUGGAGCUUUUUAAGCUGGAGAGCAGUGAGCUGGGUGGCAAAACUUAUGCUGAAGUAGUUGUUGCUGCUGAUGAGGUUGCUGUUGCAGCAAGUCCAAGUGGUACAGCUCAUGCCUUGGUAAAUAUAGAUCCUGUACAUAGUACUUUCUUCAUUGGGUGCCAGGAUGGUGUGAUAAACUAUAACAGCUCCAGUACUGACUAUCGUGUUUGGAAAGAUCUGUAAGUAGUGUCAAAUAUGGCACUGCCUCCCUGGCUGUCCAACUCUUGUCUGAUCAAUUAACUAACUAGUCCAGUUUUCUUUCCUUUUGCUCACAUCUGGGAAUCAUUUGAAUUGGUCACAUUCAAUCAGAUGUAAUUUGAAAGUUGAUAUGUACAUAAAGCAAUGUCUCACUUAAGUGACAUCUGGCUUGUCAGUCACUUAAGUGACAUCUUCUGCUUGGUUAUAUUAUUCAACCUUGUACCA